UCUGAUAAUGUGGUCGGUCAUAAACCGAAGGUUUGGGCUUGUGUGUUCCGGUCGCCCCGCCCAAUUUAACUGUUGGCUUGUCACCCAUGCUCACCACGAAUCAGCAUAUUUCCCUGUAGAAAUGACAUCAACAUGCUUAGUCCAAGCGAGGUUCCACAACGCUGUAUGUAGAGUGGUACUGAACUGAAAUAAUAACUCCGAUGCACUGCGUUAGCCUAUGUUGUUUGGCUGGCUAUUUUUGUCCCAGCAUUCGUAGCCUUCGGCGUAAUUCAGUGGAAGUGCGACCGGGGUGUCGUCCAUUAAUGCACUAAUAUUGACAUAUCUAGAGAGCAGCAGUUGUAGCCUAUGAAACUGUGGGAGUAAAACAUCACUUGCUUCCCUACUAGAGAAGAACUGGAAUAGCCUACAUAUUUGAGGCUCGGUAAAAUGUAUUUCUGGAAUUUGGGCGUGAUCACUGACACUACGUCUCUGACAGCUGACGAAUCGUAGGCAAGCAUUUUCAAGAGCAGUAAAAGCAAAGAGAAAUGGUUUCUCAAAGUGCCAACAACUUACACGUCGUUUAAAUUCCCGAUGACAGGUCAUCAAAGUGGAUCAGUUUUUGUAUACCUGGAUUAAAUGUGUAGCUGGGCUGUAACUUCUCAAUUAUGAGUUGGAACAUACAAGCUAAACACUUCACUGUGUUACUAGCUGCGUUUCUGGGUGGAUUUAGGAGUAGUUACUUUGGAUAUUGUGCACCAAGUGGGAAUUCAGGUGAUGAUGCUUUCACUAUUCAACAUGUGAAUACUACUCAGUGCCUGGUGGCCGGUGCAGAUACCCAGUCCCUCGCUCUGGCCAACUGCACCAACCCACCAGGCCCAAGGUUGCUCUGGAAGUGGGGUUCCGGUAACCGACUCUUCCAUGUGGGCUCAUCCUGGUGCCUGGGCCUGGAGGUGCACAAGAAGGCACUGGCACUUUCUGACUGUGACUCGCAAGGCACCAUGCUCAAGUGGCUGUGUGUGGGCCAGGCUGUUUACACCAACUACGAGAUGGGCCUGACUCGUGACGGCAAUACAGCGGUCGUGAUCGCCAAGCGGAAGCCCACAGAUGGCUGACACGAGGGGACUCAGGACAACAUCUGCCAACAGCCAUAUAAGACCAUACACACCAGGGAUGGGAAUGCUUUGGGAGCUCCCUGUGCCUUUCCAUUCCGCUAUAAUGGCACCUGGCACCAUCGCUGUCUCCCAGGACAACCUGGCCAAGAGAACCUUCCAGAGGGUAUGAGCUGGUGUUCCCCCACCAUGAACUAUGACCAGCAAAGAAGGUGGGGCUUCUGCCUGCAGUACGUGGAAGGCUGCCACACUUUGUGGGAGAACGCCACCAACGGACACUGCUACCAGACAGUUGCCACGGCAGCUGUCACCUGGCACCAGGCGAGGGACUCGUGCCGGAGUCAGGGAGGAGACCUACUGAGUGUGUCCAGUGCAUCCGAGCUGAAAGCCUUGGAGGCAAUGGACCUCCCUGAUAAGCUGUGGAUCGGGCUUAACCAAAUGGACUGGGCGGAGGGGUGGCAGUGGUCUGACGGAUCACCACUGCAUGUGGUAAAUUGGGCCACAGACAUGCCCACCCUUAUUGGCCUGGGCGAGCUGGACUGUGGCGUGUUGAUCUCAGGGAAGCAGUAUGAGAAUGCUAUGUGCGAGAAAAAGCUGCCGUAUAUCUGCAAGAAGCUCAGCAGCCCUGUUACGCAGCCUACAGAGAGGGUGGUGUACAAGUCUACUGUGUGUGAGGACGGCUGGUUCCCAUGGGACAGUCGCUGUCUCCGGCUCUUCGAGGAGGUGGCCAUGACCCAGUCCAUGGCCCAGGAUUCCUGCACCAACAACAACGCCAGCUUGCUCAGCAUCCACAGCCUGGAGGACAUGUUUAUGUUCAAUGUCAAACUCCCAUCAGAGCGUAGAGAUCUAUGGAGCGGUUUAACAGGCGAUGGGCUCCCUUUGAUCUUCAAGUGGCUGGACGGCUCUGAAGUCAACUACACGCACUGGGCCAAAGACCACCCACGCAUUGAUCCAAGCACCAGAUUUCCAAUCUGCGUGCGCUUCACUGGAGAAAACCAUGAGUGGAUGGUGUCGGGCUGUGACUUGAGUCUGCCUUACCUGUGCGUGAAGCAGGGAGUGGUGAACGAGAGUGUCCACGACGAGGGCUGCCCUGAGGGGGACUGGAGAAGGCACGGUGAUGCCUGUUACAAGGCUGACCCCAACCCUGUCUCUUUCAAGCAGAACUGCAAUCUCACCAUUACAGACAGGUUUGAGCAGGUCUUCAUUAACCGACUCCUGAGGGAGCAACUGGGCAGUAAGGCACAGUUCUUCUGGACUGGACUGCAGGACAUCAAGGGCAACGGAGAGUACGGCUGGACCAACGGAGAGAAUGUCACCUUUACCAACUGGGGCUGGGGAGAACCAGACCUGAAUGGUGGUGGCUGUGCUGUGAUGUCCACCAACAGGCCCCUGGGGAAGUGGUACAUUAAGAACUGCAGCCUGUUUGAAGCUGGCACCAUUUGUAAGAAAUACCUGAAGGCCCCGAUGCCUGUACCCCAGAUUAACAUCAAUGCACCUUGCCCGACUGACUGGUUUUCCAAACCUGGAAUACCAUAUUGCUACAAGGUGUUUCAUGAGGAGCGGUUGACUAGAACGCGUACAUGGGUGGAGGCGGAGGGAUUCUGCCGCUCACUGGGAGCUCACCUGCCCAGUUUUGGACAUGUGGACGAGAUGACCGCACUACACUCUGUUAUGAGGGACACCAUCAGUGAUGACCGAUACUUCUGGGUUGGGCUGAACCGCAGAAAUCCAAACAAUGAGAACGCCUGGGAAUGGAGCGACGGCAGACCGCUGUCUACCUCCAUGUUCCCAAUGGAGAUUCAUGAGGAUGACGAGUAUAAUCGUGACUGCACUGCAUUCAAGUCCCUGCGUGGCAGUUUCCACCUGUUCUUCUUCUUCAUGCUGCACGACCUCCCACCGCGGCCCUUCUAUGCCACACCUUUCCACUGUGAUGCCCCGCUUGAGUGGGCCUGUCAGAUCCCCAGAGGUGCCACUCCAAAGAUCCCUGCUUGGUAUAACCCAGGGGGCUUCCAUAAUACGUCGGUGUUUGUGGACGGAGAGGAGUUCUGGUUUGAGCCGGAAAGAUGGCUAUCAUAUGAGGAGGCGAGCUUGUACUGCUCCAGCAACAGCAGCCGUCUGGCUGCACCUGCUAGCACCAACGCCAUUAGGGCCAUCCAGCAGAAAAUGCAACAGCUCUCUCGAUCUGUGUACUUGAAUUGGUGGGCUGACCUAAGGGAAGUAGGCUCUGCUAUGCCCUCACCUUUCACUCAGUUGCACUUAUAUCGUAGCGGCUUCCUGGGCCGUUGUGCCUCCCUCGGUCAGGACUCAGCUUUUCCAGAAUACGACCAGAGGUGCUCAGAAAAGCUACCAUUUGUGUGCGAGGUGUUGAAUGUGACCACUGCAGAAGCGCAGCCAAUAGGGCCACAUCCUCAGGGCCUACCCUGUGACGCUGGCUCCAUUGCCUUCAGAGACAAGUGUUACACUGUGGUCACGCCUGUGGAAACCACUGCAAAGAAGGCUGGUGAGAUCUGCAAGGGCCUUAGAGGCCAGCUGCUCACCAUCAGAGACCAGGUGGAGCAAGACUUCAUCACCACCCUCCUGCCCUCCCUCCCCCUGAGGACAUGGAUCGGCCUCAAGCUCAAGUUGCGCACCAUGCAGUGGGCAGACAACACACCCGUCGACUACCUCAACUUCCACCCACUGGUGCAUGGGCAGUACCGACGCAUGCACAUCAAUGCUUUUUCCCCAGAGGCGCUCGAGCUGUGUGCGUACAUCUUCAGUGAUCCAAACUCAGACAUGCUGGGCACCUGGGAUUACACUUUCUGCACUGACUUCCAGAAUGUGUCCAUCUGCCAGCACUAUGCAGACAAGCCCGAGGUGGCCCAAAUCUCCAAGGAUACCUUCCACGUGCUCAACCACACCUACCAGCUAGUGCAGCAGGAGAACAUGACAUGGUUCGAUGCACUGGAACUCUGCAAGAACCAGAACAUGGAGCUGGCCAGUGUGGCCGAUGCCUUCCAGCAGGCCGUGCUGACGGUCAACGUGAGCCGACUGGGCAAACCCCUCUGGAUCGGCCUGUAUAGUGAGGACGAUGGACAGUACUACCAGUGGACCGACCGCAGCCACACAAUGUUUAGCCGCUGGUCCAAAGAGAGCACCGCAGGUCGCUGUGUCUACCUGGACACGGACGGCUUCUGGAAAGCCACUGAGUGCGGCCAAGGCCUAAGUGGAGCCAUCUGCCACGUCCCCCAUGAAGACGUCAUCACCCCGGAGCACACCUCCAGGCUCUGCCCCCACAAGGGCAACGGCCCCAACUGGUUCCCCUACAAAGACAACUGCUACACCUUCCAGCUGGUGCACUCCAGAUGGGAGCACCAGGAGAGAGGCCAAUUCCAGCAGACAUGCCUGCAGCUCCACCCAAAUGCAGUGCUGCUGACCAUCAGGGAUGAGGAUGAGAAUGCGUUUCUGCGGGAGAAGCUCCAGCCCCUGAAGGACCUGGCCCUUUUUGUAUGGCUGGGGCUGUACAAAGACAACGCCACCCAGCAGCUGAAGUGGUAUGAUGACACGUAUGUGCAGUACUCCAACUGGAAGGGUGGUCGGCCGGAGGUGAACGGGCAGUUCCUGGCAGGUCUUAGUCUGGACGGAAGCUGGGAUCUCUUCUCCAAGGAACAGUACUUCCAACACUUCAAGCAAAGGAGUGUAGUGGCUUGCAAGAUUGAGCGCAAUCCCAAGGACGAAUUCAAGAUAUCUCCAUGGGAGGCAAGGAAAUACAUUAACUACAGCUACCACGUAGUGGGCCGCAAGCUCACCUGGUUCCAGGCUCAGGAGGAAUGUGCACGGGGCGGCGGCCAUCUUGCCAGCAUUCACAACACUACCCAGGGCACGGAGCUGCUGGCCAUGGCUAAAAGGGAUGGGUUCCCCCUCUGGAUCGGCCUGUCCAAUCAGGAUGUGAGCUUCAGUAAUGGUUCCCACUAUGAGUGGUCAGACGGAUCUGAGUUUGACUACAUCCCGACAGGUUUCCACAAAGGCUCUGUGGUGGACGGCUGUGUGUUCAUGGACACCUCCGGGAUGUGGAUGAGUAUCAGCUGCCAGGAGAGGAUGGAGGGGGCACUUUGCUACAACAGCACCUUAGAGCGCACGAGCCCUCGGAAAGCCCUGAAAUCCAACCGCUGCCCCAAGACAGACGGUAUCGCUCAAUGGAUGGAACAUGAGGACCACUGCUACGCCUUCGACAUGACUUUCUACAACUUCACUGUCUACACCCUUGACGACGCCAAGAGAGUCUGCAAAGAGCUAGAUUCAUCAGCACACCUGCUCAGCAUCAAAAGCGAAGUGGAGAACGAUUUUAUCUCCAAGUACAUCAGGGACAACCCCCACAUCACCAGCCAUGUGUGGCUUGGCCUCGAGUCAGACACAAAAAAUUUAAGAUGGAUGGACGACAGCAAAGUGGACUUCUUCAAGUGGAACAAAGAUCAAAAGUUGACUUCUCUGCUUCCAAACAUCUGCGCUGUCAUGCUGACCAAUGAGGAAGGCACCUGGAGACAGACCAGCUGCAGAGAUAGCCGCAGUCGCAUCGUCUGCAAGGCCCCUAUGCGGUCAAGUGGCAUCACACCAGCAGUGAUCUUCUGCAUCAUUGUGAUACCAGCCAUAUUGGGCAUUGCACUGUAUGUUGUUUUCAAGAAGACGCGCCACCACUUCUUUAGUGCUGUCCGCUACCAGCGCAGCUUCGAUGAGGUUGACAGCACAAGCAUCAUUAACGACACAGAGUAACUGCACUUCUGCCAACUCAACAGAGGAAAAAAAAAAUGUGCCUUUCUGCAUAUGAACAUGCUUCCGACAUCAACUGAACCAAAAUCAAGACUACGCCUGCUCUGCAUAAACACCAUUAUUUAUUAUCAUAACCACCGUAAAAAAAACCAGAACUGAAACAAGAAUUCAAGCUGAUAUUCACAGGUGGUGUACAUAUUGACUCAAGUCCAGAAUGAUGUUUCAGGUGAUAUACUUAAGAUCCGGGUACUCAUUUUAUUUUUGCGAUUUUUAGUUGAUAUUAACUGUUUUGACUAAGCAUCUUUUUAAUGAAAAGACAAACUGCAGGGCUGUGGAAUGUUAAAAGUUAUAGUGGUGGCACUGGACUGCUGACACUUGCUUUAGUUAUGUGUAAACACUGGUUGUUAUGUGAGAAUAGAGAAUGCUGUGAGCAGCUCUGUUUAACGG